GCUGAAGUAUCUCAUGGAUGUAGCCUGGUGUACAUUGAUAUAUGUCCAGAGGCAUGAUUGAAAGUUGGAAAUUGGUCUGCUCUUGCUGUGUGACAGAAUAAGAAAUGGGAUUUGGACUGACAGAACAACACUUCUGUUCCAGUAUUUAUGCAAGUGCUUCGAGUGAGUUAUGAAUGGAAAGAGUUUUUCUUCAUUCCAUGUUCACAUAUUUUACAUUGCAAGUCUUUUCCUCCAAAUACAAAGUUUUCUACUAUUGCUAAAUCCUUUAAAAAACCCAGCUGAAACAAAAUUAUCUCUUAUUUCAUUUAUCAAAUUGAGAGGGUGCAGCUAUUCCUGGCUUAAAGAAGUGAGUUAGUUCCUGCUUCCCAUGCAUUAUUAAAGAUGAAAAACUUCUCAGAAAAAAGGUGAUAGUCAUACUUCAGCACUAACCUGGCUGAAUAAGCAGGGAUUCAAACCCAGCCUUUUAAGAUUGAAGCUUUUGAUCUGGAUCAGUGGUUCUCAACCUGUGGGUCCCCAGAUGUUUUUGGCCUACAACUCCCAGAAAUCCCAGCCAGUUUACCAGCUGUUAGGAUUUCUGGGAGUUGAAGGUCAAAAACAUCUGGGGACCCCAGGUUGAGAACCACUGAUCUAGAUGAACAAAUCUAAUUUCAGUUCCUCCCAUAUUAAUUUUUUUUGUUCAUUCUAUCCCAAAUGUGAAGAAAUUUUGAUAAAUUUGUACUGGAAAUGAAUGGAAAUGAAAUUCUCAACAUUCCUACUCUGAUUUUGUGCCUUAAAGGUAGGGAUUCCCGAGGCAACAGUGAAAUAAGAGUGUCAAGAUUUACGGCUAUACCUCAGGUCUAAAACUAGUACUUUAGGCCAAAGUAGGUCUGACCCAUUUGAAACAGUUCCGCUGCAAGCAUGUUCUCAAAGUGUAUGUCAGUUUACAUCUAAAAUUAGAAAACAAAUAUUUUAGUAAUUAUCAAGCUGGCACAGAAAGUACUGCCCCAGAUAGAAGCUUGGCUCAUGUACUUUUAAUAGCUGGACAAGAGGGAGUGGGAACCCAGUAGAAUCUUCUCCUGCUCCCAAAAUCAAGAUUCAAGAACUCAGGUACAUGGGAACUUUCAGGAGAUGAACAGGAAAUCCAAUUGGAAUAGGAUGGAUCAAACAUGACAAAAAAGCCUUGAAGUGGAGAGAAGGUAUUAUGGAUGGCUCUUCCACUGCUCAGGAUUUUGGCUUCAGGAAUGUGAGUUGAAGGGACUUGAAGCAGGUGACGUUGUCCCUCUCAGAUAUCGUUAGUUUUGGCUUUGUUGCCAUGGCAACUAUGGCACUGUUGUUUCAAGUGGCAUAAGUGUGCAUCCUGUGCCCAGCGAAUCUCAGAAGGGCAGAGUUUUGCCAGACCAUUGACCCAUAUUGGGAUAUCAUGACUAAAUAGCUUAUUGCGUCUUAUGUUUAAUCUUUGUUCCAUGUGUUUUAAUAUGUAUUUUGUAGAAAUAUGUUUUAAUAUUUGUAUUUUACAGUAUGUUUUUAGAUGAUUAUGUGUUUUGGCAAUAUUGUAAACCCCUUGGGUUGUUAUUGUUGUUAUCAUCCACAUCAAAGAUAAAAUGGAUUGAUCUAGAGCUUGAGUUCCAGAUGGACAAGGCUGCAGAAAUGGCAGGAACCCAAGGCUCUCAGCAGAACAAGGAACUAAGGUUAAUGUGGAGGCUCGAGUAAAAUCAAGUUAAAAUUGUUUCCUAGACUUCAGGCAGCCACUGAAACCUACUUGUUCCACUACUUCUUUCUAUCAGAAGUUCUACCUCACAUGGAAGAUGGACAUGUCAAGAUUGAAUGCAGUAUUCUUAUUUGAUAACUUGGUUUUCUGUGUGAAAAGAGUAUUUCCUGAAGUAACAGAGUCCAGGAAUUUCUUUGCCACUUGAUUUCAGGAGUUUCUUGAUGUAGCUCUAGUAAGAAGUAGCAAGGAAAGAGCAGACAAAUCAGCAUAUAAAGUAAAGUUGAAAGCUUAGCAUUUCAAAUAUGCAAAGCGCUUGAUGUAAAAGCCCAAAGUCUUGAAAUGUUUGUUUUUUGUAGAUCAGCUCCCAUAAAUUCGUUUGGUCAUUCUGUAGGUUUCUAAGAGCUGUCCAAAAAUUGAGCUCUGAUAAAGCUCUCCUAGAGUUCCUUAAAAAAACAGGCAUAAUGAUGCAUUGAAUCAAUUGAAAGUGUAAAUAUCUGGUCUUGAUAUUCACCAGAAAAUGAACAAUACAGAUAACAAUUUAGAGCCCAAAUUAGCAGAGAAAACUGUGUCUUUCAGUAUGUUGAACAUAAUUCUCAUCAGUUCCUUCUUCAGUAUGAGCAAACUUAACACUUUUUUCCCUCAUGCCCAUGAUAUCCCAAAAUGUUCUUCAGUACUCCAGAACUUCAGUGGUAGCAAUGCUGUGAAAUGUUGGCAAUCCUCCUUUAUUCUGUUCUGAAAGCAUUGGGAGACAGCCGUGGAUCCAGUUCAGAUCUCAACUCCGCCACGAGUUCUGUAACUACUUUUGAGUGAGAUCAUGUUGGCUUACUUUACUGAGAUAUAAGGAAUAAUGAAAUGGAUAGGCAAUGCAUUAAAGCAUUGUUAUUACUGCUAAUGCUGAUAUCAGAAUUACAGAAUUCUGGAAAUGGAUGGUGCCUUGGAGGACAUCUAGUCCAAUGAGGUAACAGUGAAAAUUCAUGUGAAGAUGAAUAAUUAUGCUAAUUUUAACUACAGGAAGAAAAAACAAUAUUUCUCUGCAUUAUUCUCCCUGUAGUCAAGUAUCCUGAAACAUUGUAAGGGAAUUAUCUACACAAAAAACAGUUUUUGUGCAAAAAACACAUGUUUCUAUUUGUGUAAUAAUUCCUCUGCAUCUAUUUGAUAUCAAGAGAAAAUUACGAAAAAUUCAUACUGAUCUAUUGUUCUUCCUGGUGGAGUUUCCUAACUGUUAGAAAACCCAUUUUUAACCUGGGAGUAAAUAAUUGCAAAUAUUAUUUCCAUCUUUUGUCUCAAAAUAUUUUGAUAAUUGAAGCAAAGGGCAAGAUCUUGUUCCCAUUCCACAUUAGCAGUUGAAACUUACUUCAGUCCUUGUCAAAAGAAGGGACAACUAGUAGACUUGUGGCAGCAGGGAUGAGAAUCAAUUCAGGAAUUUAUUCUUGUUCCUUCAACAGCAGCUGAGCAGGAAUUUUUCCAGUCUGGGACACUACAAAGUUAAAUUAGGAGUAGAUUUGCCAUUCCAUAGCAAUAGAUCCACUAGACACCUGGACAACAAGAGAAUCUUUCACAGCCUAGGAAGGAAGUAAGCUAAUAUAAAGGGCAGGGUACAUGCUACAUAUCAUGCUCAGCUCUGUCUUCUAGCAGAAUGGAAUGACCAGGAACACAGAAGGAAUAACAGUUGCCCUCAUCCCAAUUUUUGGCAUCUAAAUGGGGUGCUGCAUUUUGUUGUAGUUUGCUUCAUGUUUAGGCCAUUCACGAGUCCAACACCCUGCUCAGUCUUUCUGAUUUCUACUUAAAGACCCCCAGGAAAGAAGAGCUUACAACCUCCCAAGGCAGUCUGUUCCACUGUCAGUGUUCUUCCCAAUGGGAAGUUCUUUUAAAGAUUUGGUUAGAGUCUCCUUCUUUGUCAUUUAAACCCAUGAAUUCAAGCCCUACAUUCUGGCGCAAAUGAGAAUACACUUGCUUCGUGGUUUGCAAGACAGCUCUUCAAUUCUGAUUUUUGAAGACAGCUGUCCUUCUCUUUUCCAGGCUAAACAUACCUAGUUAUUUUAACUUAUUUUAACUUGGCUUCCAAAUUCCCUUUCAUUCCGGUGGGAUGUCAGGCAGAGGGUGGGAGGGGAUUAUUGCCUGUGUAGCAUUUCUAAGGGAAGUCGUGAACAAUAAAUUCUAGUGUGAUCUAUCUCUAAAGCCUCUCAUAAAGCAAGUUAGGAAAUAUAUGGAGCUGAAGGGACUAUUUUUCAUUUAUUGUUUCCUACUGAAAACUGUUCUGUCCUUAAAAUGCUUCUGUGAUACUGGCAAGCCCAUCUGCACUAGCUCUUUGGACAGGGAAUUGAGCUGCUGCUGCAAAUUCUGUUCUCUUUCAUGUUUCCCAUAAAGUCCCUACAGAACUGCCUGAAAGAGCUAUACUCACGCCCUCCCUAAAUAAUGACAUUGAAGAUUUACUGAGGAGGAAGGAUUGUUGCCCAAAAGGGAAGAGCAUGGCAGCUAAACUACAUUAUUUCUGGAUGCUUGCCCGUGGUCCCUCAAGCUUGCUACGGGGAUUUUGAGGCUGUUUCUGAGCCUGGACCUCCAAGGGAGAAGCAUGUUUUGUUGACUGACAUAUUUACUGCAGAGGCUGUACAAGCCAUAAGAUGUGAAGAGCCAUAGAAAUACUUCCUCUUCUGUUGAUCAAAAAACCUGACCUGACCUCAGUGUUCGUUGGAUAUUUGGUUAGGUAGCAAAAGGAUGGAGAGUUCAUGGGACUUUGGGCAAGCUGCACUGUGGGAGAAAAACCCACAGAUUGAUUUUUAAACAGUUUAAAACUAUUUAUUCCUAUUUAAAAACAUGAUUCCCCUCUCCAUUUUAUAAAGGAUAAUUGUAGCAGGUUUUUGCUAGACUAUAGUGACUUUCUGGAUCACAUCUAUCAAAAGCCAGGGAGCAAUAAUCCAGCAAAAUAACACUCCCAAGGUCUGUUCAAUAGAAGCUCUGCUUGAUGCAUACUAGGAUGCAUCAAUCUAAGAGAAGGCAUUUUUCUGCCUUUCCCUAACAUCCUGAUCUGCUAUGCCAGUUGACUUCCUCACUCAGUUUAAUGGUAUGACUGGCCCUGGCUCUGGAUUUGGCUCACGUCAUGCAGUAAAUCUAAGAAGAAGCAGAGAAUGACUCUUUAGUAACAAUUAUACUGUUGGCUUUGAAUUAUUUGGUUUUUUAAUUUUUUUUUAAAAUUAAAGACUGAAGACUUAUGGAAGCUGAUUUUCACCCAUCAGUAACCUGAUAGUGAGCCUGAUUUGAUUCUCUGACGGAUAGUCAGAUAUCUCCUCUUUAACUAUUUUCAGCUACUAGUGUGUUAAAGGAAAGGCAAUAGAUUGUAAUUUACUUAGCACAUGAUUGGUUUCCAUGUGGUGAAUUUCAAUGAUGUGAGGAUUAUGACUCUAAAGGAGGAGUGAACUCAGCUGUGAAAUUUAAAUGUAGAGGAUUGCUGCAGAGAUGGUAUAAAUGUAGGCUGCCUGUAUUCCUUGUGCAAGAUCAAGCAACCUUUGCUUCUUGCAACUGUUGUGAAUAUAUGUUUCUACAGAAUAUUUUCAAUAUGACUCUGUGUGUGUGUGUGUGUGUGUGUGUGUGUGUUUAAACUUAAGGAGCAAGGGUGGGUGAUACACACACUCACUGCCUGUUUUCUGCCCCCUACAUUGCUGCUGCAUAAAUAACCUCCUGAAGCAUAAUUCUAUGUUUAAUGCCUGAAGACGAAUGUGGUUUUUGAGGUUGCUGCCCAAACUCAGCAUCAUGUUCAGUAGCAUGAUGGCUGCCAGGGUGUGUGUGUGUGUGUGUGGGGGGGGGGGGUUGUCUUGUAAAAAUUGAUGCAUUCUGUCUUCUCUUCGAAGAAUGAAUAUCAAUCCUUCAAAUCAGGAAAAGACAAUUUAGUGUUUUCCAUAUAUUUUGUAGCACAACUGCCAUAACAUCUUACCAUUGGCCAUGCUGCCUGGGGUGUGUGAUAACUGCAGUCCCAAACAUCUGAAGAGUACCAAGCUGUCAUUCCUCUCUAACAAACCAUAUAGUGCUUUUUUAAAAAAGUGUAUCAAAAACUGGAGCACUGAAAACUAAUUAGAAAGUAAUUAGACAAAGUACAGCCACACCUGGGACUUGGGAGAUAGUGUCUCCCAUGCAAAACAAAUCCAGCACGCCCAAAUGCACAAACAAAACUACAUAAUUUUGUUUUUAUCAUAUUACUGACAUACUACAUACUGUUUGUUGAAAUGGCACUAAUAAAGCUCAGAUGUGUUAUGAGUGUAAACUAUGGUAUUUGUACUGUUUUUAAUGAUGAUGAAUGAGAAUAAACGUAAUGGUGUUUUAAGGGUUUAAAACUAUUGAUACCUUUAUUUUCUUUGCAGUUCUUCCUAACAGCUCUAUAGAGGGGAAGAGAAAGAAGUAUUUUGAUCAGAGGCAUGGUGUUUCCAAGUGUAGCUCAUUAGCCUUGAAAGAUGCUGCUGGGCAUCUUGCCCACCUUUGACUGAGAAUUGUGUACUGGGAGGGAAUGUCUUUUCUCCAUGGUGUUGCCUUGACAAGAGGUCUGCGCUUGCUUUCUGGACAGCUUCACUGGCGCCAGGGGUGCUGGAUGGACUGUCAGUCUCACAAGGCAAAGUUCAAUUUGGAACAGUGCUUUUCUGAUCUGAUAUGGGGGAGUAGCAUUUAUGUUUUUCCUAAUAGGGGUCAAACUCCCAUGGGGAUCAAACUUCCAUGUCCACCUGAACCUGAAAAUGUCUUCAAGAACCCAAAGUACACUUUCUGCAGUGAACUGAAUAUAUAGAUUUUAGUAAUUUCUUGUAGGAUUUGUAGACUAUUAAAUGAUAAUAUAACUCAAUAAGCAUCUUUUUGAAGUGAAUUUCACAUAAUUCAGUGGGACCUACUAUGAAGUAAAAAUGCCUUGCUUCAUAAUAAGUCCCAUAGUGCUCUGCUUGAAUAACGCUAAUGUUGAUUUUGAUGCAUUUUCCUUAUGUUUGGUAGCAAGACAGAAGAAACCCAGUUGUGGUUGACCCACAUUUUGUGUAUUUAAUCAUUAAGAAAAGUUGGGAAGAGGAUUUCCAAUCCAAGUUCAAAAGGAAGGUUGUCAUUGACUGGAUAGACUUAUAUGGUCUUGAGUGGACCAGCUUAGAUUGUGUUGUUGCUUUCCUUCAUUGCACCUUUAAAGAGCAAUAUUGUUUAUGGCAUGUCCUGCUGCUACCAUGCUUGCAUACCCAGUUUACUCUCUAGCAUAUCAGAAAUCUUGGCUUAGGCCCAUGGCUUCAGAUACGUAGGAAUGGUCUACCCCGUCCUCGUGGCUUAUUUUAAGCUCAGAUAAGGCCAAAGUGACCCUUUAAUUUUAGGCUCAAAAAACUUUCAGCAUGUGCCUAGUUUGGCUUCAGCUACCCUUCCACAGGUCCAGCUCUGCUCCUGCUGCGCUUCGCCUGCUUGAUACUCCUCCCCAUUGGAUUGCUUGUUGGGAGUGGCUGACCUGUUCUCUAUCUUCCCUCUUUUUUUCCGUGCGAGGAUCCCCCGGACAGGAGAUCUCUUCUGAUAACCCGUCUGCAAUGCCAUCACCCAGGCACCAAAUAGGUGACUGUGUGCUGGAUGGAAGAGACACCAGGCAAUAACAAGAAGUCACUCUCUCCCCAGGCUGAACAUGCUGGUAUCAGGACUUAUUUCUUCAGUGCUGAGAACAGCGAGGAGCAGGAAACCUGGAUUCAAGCCAUGGGCGAGGCUGCCCGGGUGCAAAUCCCACCAGCUCAGAGGCACGAGAAGAUUGAUUCUGAAAACAUCCCUCCUAGCAAGAAUCACCAUCGCAGCAUUUCAGCCAGGGACUCUGCCAAAGCUGAACCAGAAGCAAAGACCAGAGGAGAAGGUGAUGGCCGUGGUUCUGAGAAGACUGAAAGGAAACAAGAGCGAGUAGAAAGCAAAAAGGAGCCCAUGGUCAAAGCCAAUGGCAUUGUCAGCCAAGAUAUUCCUUCUGAGCCUGGUAGCCCUUAUCCAGAAGCCUCUCGGAUGCCAGCUGGAGUGGAGAGACCUGCACAGCCAAAUGGCUGGCAGUACGCUUCCCCAAGCCGUCCUGGGAGCAUGGCCUUCCCACAGCAUGACAGUGAGACUGCUGUGACCCAUCGGAGCUUUGCUCCUCGGACCAAUCCUGAGAAGAUUGCCCAAAGGAAGAGCUCCAUGACCCAGCUGCAGCAGUGGGUGAACCUACGCCGUGGAGCUCCAUCUUCUGAGGAACUCCAGAGCCCUACCAGGUUCUAUCCAAUGUCCCGAAGAGCCCCUGACUACUAUCCCCCCUAUUCACCCCAGUACUCUGAGGAUUACCAAUACUAUCCACCUGGUGUGCGCCCUGACAGUAUCUGUUCUAUGCCUGCCUACGAGCGUGUGAGCCCUCAAUGGACAGUGGAUGACAAACGGCACUCCUUCCGCAACAGUGGCUCGUACCAGUUGCGGGAUUGGAAGGAACAGCCUAGCUAUGGCAGACAAGAUGUACCCAUCUGGAUUCCAGGCCCCACACGGCCACCAGUGUACUAUGAUGAAAUGGAUGCUGCCUCAGACUCUCUGCGGAGGAUGUCACUCCAGCCUCGUUCCCGGUCGGUCCCCCGCUCGCCAAGCCAAGGUUCCUACAGCAGAGCCAGAGUAUACUCCCCAGUCAGGUCUCCAAGUGCCCGCUUUGAAAGAGUGCCUCCCCGGAGUGAGGAGAUAUAUGCUGAGCCAACGUCUUAUAUGAUGAGGCGAUCGGUUAGUUCUCCAAAGUAUGAUUAUCUGGGUGACAGGAGGCACGUCCCUGCAGGAAUGUUCCCCUUCAACUAUCCAGCAUCCCCUACGGUUCAUGAUAAAAUGGAUGAACUAUUAGACCUUCAGUUGCAAAGAAACCUAGAGUAUUUGGACCAGCAGAUGAGCGAGAGCGAGACUUUGAUCAGUAUGGUGAACAGAAUGGUGGAGAGCUCCUCUCCUAGGGCUCAGCUGUACAUGCAAAGUUCUCCUGUGAUAUUCAUACACCCCUCUUGGGUGUCUCAUUUCCCUGAAGCCUAUAGAGAGGCACUGCACACCUACAAGAUAAGCGAGCAAGAUACAGAUAAGCUCUUGGGAAAGCUCUGUGAGCAAAACAAGGUGAUGAGGGAACAAGAGAGGCUGGUCCAGCAACUGCGUGCAGAGAAGGAGAGUCUAGAGAGUGCACUCAUGGGGACACACCAGGAACUGGAGAUGUUUGGGAGCCAACCAGCUUACCCAGAAAAGCUGCUGCAUAAAAAGGAGUCCCUCCAGAAUCAGCUGAUCAAUAUCCGAGUAGAGUUAUCACAAGCCAGCACGGCGCUGGCCAACAGCACCAUAGAAUAUGAGAACCUGGAGGGUGAGGUGUCAACCUUGCAUGAUGACCUGUGGGAACAGCUGAACUUGGACAUCCAGAAUGAAAUGCUCAACAGGCAAAUCCAGAAGGAGAUCUGGCGAAUCCAGGAUGUGAUGGAAGGGUUGCGGAAGAACAACCCCUCUCGGGGAACAGAUACUGCAAAGCACAGAGUGACUCUGGGCCCAUCAGGAACCUACAGCUCUAAUAGUCCAGCCAGUCCACUGAGCUCAGCCAGCCUCACAAGCCCCUUGAGCCCCUUCUCUCUUGUAUCAGGAUCCCAGAGCUCCCCUACCAAGCAAGGCAGCACUGAGGAGACUGGUCCACCUCGACCUCCCCUCCCCAAAUCAUAUGUGCCCUUGGAAUCUCCUCCGACUGUCCCUCCGCUCCCUGUCGAAAGCCGACUCUGGCAGUAUCCUAACUCCCCUUCCUGGCAGCAAAGCAGCGAGGCGAAGAGGGGACAGUCCAAAUCCAGCUAUGAGCAGAGCAAGAAGGACCAUCAUCGAACAUCAGCCUCCCAUUCUGCAGCAGAACCUGGUCUCUUGCAGACCAGGCAAGACCAAGAUGUUGAUAAGCAAGUUGCUCUUAACAAAGUUGGCAUUGUUCCUCCAAGGACGAAGUCACCCAUGGAUGAUGACAUCACGCCCACAUCAGGCGUGGUAAGAAGGAGUGCCAGCACCCUAUCCAAUGGGCUGAACUCUCGAGACAGGCCAAAGAGUGCUGUGUUUUCAAACGAGGUGAAAACAAAGAUGAGCGUUGAAGAGCAAAUUGAUCGCAUGAAACGUCACCAGAGUGGCUCUAUGAAAGAGAAAAGGAGGAGCUUGCAACUGCCAGCCAAUCAGCAACAGGCAGAUAGCCCUGUCUCUAAAGCACCUGCAUCAUACAAAGUGGUGCGCAGGCAUCGCAGCAUCCACGAGGUGGACAUAUCAGAUCUGGAGGCAGCAUUACGCUCUGAAGACACUGGCAAGAUGUAUGAGACCCCUCGGGAGGAAAUUGCUCGCCUACGCAAAAUGGAGCUUGAGCCAGAGCAUUAUGAUGUGGACAUUAGCAAGGAGCUGUCCACCCCAGAUAAAGUCCUCAUUCCAGAAAGAUAUGUUGAACUGGAACCUGAUAGUCCACUGAGUCCUGAGGAGAUGAAGGAGAAACAGAAGAAAGUGGAAAGGAUAAAGACACUGAUUGCCAAAUCCAGCUUGCAGAAUGUGGUCCCGCUCAGUGAAGGAGAAGUGGAUGUGUCCCAGGACCCUGAGACCCAGCUACAAGAACAGGAGAAACGGAUAGAAAUCUCCUGUGCUUUGGCUGCAGAAGCCUCUCGCCGAGGCCGCAUGCUCUCUGCUCAAUGUGCCACCCCGAGCCCUCCCACUUCCCCAGCCUCCCCGACUCCACCGACCAAGUCCCUCUCGUCUGACUCAUCCCAAGGCACCGACAGCCAUUUUAUGCGUGUCUGAGCCAUAAACACAGGCCCUGGCUGCUGUGAAUGCUGUGAAGUCCCGUGGAGCCACAUUUUAACACAUGAGUCCAAUCUGCACCUGACACAACCACUUGAUGCACGCCAUUGUUAUGGUCCUGACAGUACACUCUCUCCUUCGGUUUUGCUGCAAAAACAUUCAGGAAGGAAAAGCUGCCUCUCUGAGGAGAAAGGAGAGUGUAACUUUGGCCCCUGUUGCUAUGGCCCAUAUCAGCAAGUUGUCUGGACGAGCCUUUUAAAAAACAGUCAUCUGUGCAGCUUGCAGAAGCUGUUCCAUUGUGCAAGGCCAGGUCCCCUGUGUUGGCACAGAAGUCUCCAAGCAAAAGGCUAAAUAUCUGCAAUUCCCCAAGUUGCUUGGCAAAGAGACAUCUUGGAAUGAAAAUGGGGAGGGGGUGAAGUUUCCUGCACUAAUGUAGCUGCCUACUGAGUCUCUGUCUUGUUCCACCAAUAUUUGUGCAAGAAGGGGGGAGAUUUGUGUGAAGAAUGACUUGUCAUUGCAGCCAGGGACUUCCUCACUCUCUACUAAAGAAAGCAGCAGAUUUUCCCUCCUCGCACUACACAUGCCCCCUUUGGUGUCCUUUUAUGGGCCAGAAUGGCUUUUAUAUCCUUAAUCUCUGGAGCUAAGCAAGCCUAUGCAUGGCCGCUCUGCAUAUGCUCAUUCAUAGGAGAAAGAAGGAAGUGAGAGAGCAGGGAGAAGCACAAAGGGGUGGAAAACUUGGUAGCGUGGCUAGUGAAGGGAAAAAAAGGCUGCCAUUGAAGGAGGAGGAGAAACAAACCAACAAAAAGGUGGAAGAGGAUUUGGGAUGUAUUAGUCCGAGGGAAGGUUGCUGUGUCCAUGAUAUGCUAUGCUGUUAUUUCUUCUCCCUAGUUUAAGGGCUGGAGCAGAAGGUGUGCACAGUGUACAUGGCCAAGUUGCAGAUGUGUGAGAUGAAGGAUGUAAUAUGGAAAUAAGGGGAUGGAAAUGUUCAGUUGUCUGGGACUUGCCUCUAGGCAAAAGCUUGGAUGCAUUCUGUGAUCCUGUUAGGUUUGUUUGCCUAUAGAUACACAGGGUGUCAGGGACUGCUAAGGUCACCGUUCUUUUUGCAUUAGAGUUCACUAUGGUGCCAUUGAGCAAACACUUUAUCAUGAGUUCUCCAGGACAUAGAUCUGAGUAGUGGUGAACUGGUUAGAUUACUCUACUAUUAGUUUCCAGUGAUGGAACUACAAGACCGGGACUAAAUGGGAUAUAAUAUGAGUUGAUCCUAGACAGACUGUCUCCACAACAUAUAUGAAAGAAGCUACACUGAAGACAUUAUGCAGUCUGACACCACUUUAAAAGUGUCAGCCAUGUUGCUACGUAAUUAUGAGAGGUAUUUAAACCUUCUCUGCCAAAGAGUGUUGAUGUUUCACAGAACUACAAAUUCCAGGAUUCCAUAGCAUUGAGCCAUGGCAGUUUAAGUGGUAUCAAACUUCAUUAAUUCUACAGUGUAGAUGCACUCCUGGUUAAUAUGGAAAUGAUAUAAUGAGACCUCUUCAAACUUUGCAAUUUAUAACAUAUUUUCUUGUUAAGUUAGCUAGUAGGGCAGUAUUCAGUCAAUGAUGUGACAGAUGUUUUCUCCCACUCAUUAUAAAACAGACUUGCAUGCAUUGCAUCUCCUCUCUAAGGCUACAUGAUAAUUACUGAUGUGACAUUUAAGACGAACUGAGCUCCUGUGUCAAGAGUACAGGGCCAUUGUUGCACCUGCUCCUAUUUCAAAUGAGCCAGAUCUCCCAGAUGAGUCCUUGUUCUUUUCUCAAAGAAGAAUUAAUUCAAAGCGGAAAUAGACUAGAGGGGCAGGCAGAGAGAAGAAAUGGGAAACUGUCAAAAUACUCCUUUUCAAGUAAAUACCAAAAGAGCCCCUGCUCUUCAUUUAUUCAAAUGGCUGCUGCUCACACAUACUGUCUCACACAUACUGAGACAGGGGUUGUAUCAGAUCAAGGGUCUAAUAGAGAGCUUUUUUCCAGCACUAUAGUGGCUCAUAUAAAGGGGCCUAGAGCUUGAAUACAUUACUUUUUUUGGACUACAGCUCCCCAAAUUCUCCAGCCAGAAUGAUCAUGCUGGUUGGAAGGUUCUGAGAGUUGUAGUCCAAAACAGUUACCUAUCCAAGCUCUGGUAAGGCCCACUUGAAGGCCAUUUAGGAAAGACAAAGGUAGUCAACAUCUUUGUUCUUGGGGACACUUCUGCUUUCCAAGCAAUCAUACAUGUAGAAUUAUGGAAUCAUUGAAUUGGAAGAGACCACAUGGACCAUCCAGUCCAACCCUCUGCCAGGCAGGAAAAGCACAACCCAAGCACCCCCAACAGAUGGCCAUCCAGCCUUCAAAGAAGAUGUCUCCACCACACUGUGAGGCAGUGAGUUCCAUUGUUGAAUAGCUCUUACAGUCAGGAAGUUCUUCCUAAGAUUCAGGUGGAAUCUAUUGUCCUGUAAUUUAAGCCCAUUGCUCCGCGUCCUCUAGAGCAGCAGAAAACAAGUUUGUUGUGGAGAUAUGCUUUGCCACAUUACCUCCUUUUUACAAAUAGCUAGGCAUUAAGACAUCACCUCACAAUUCUGCAGAUCCACAUAAUAACAAUGAGACAUUAUAUUUAAAACUCCGAGAAAGAGGAGCAUUAAAAUUGCAAGGCUCCCGCAUACACGACAUUGAAAACAACUGUCCUCCAAAGUAGACCUAUGGGCCAGAGUUUUUAUCUUAAUACAAUAUAGAAAGUAUACCAUGAGAAGUUGCUUUAAAUAGCACCAGUUGGUCAUUCAUAGUAAGAUACUGUGGAUUAGAUAUAGUUUUUGUUCUAAAGGAUCCUUUCAUUUUGUUACAUAAUUCUGGAAGUAGCUAAAAUAGUAUUCAUUACAGAUUAGAAUACAUAGAAAUGCGAUUGCCUUUCUUUUCUUUCUCUUGAGCUGGAUUUCCAGAAAAGAUCCGUGCUGGGCAUUCAAAAAUGCCAGCAAUCAAACUCACUGGAUUGUCACAGAAACCCAAAGGAAGAUGGCAGGAUUUGUUACUGUAGACUGUGAUUUGGCCCCUAAAUGACAAUGUAGUUCUUCUGAGUUGCUGAUGCACUCACCCCACACCCCACCAAAGUCAGCAGUUUCAUCCUAGGCUUAGUUUCAACAUAUACACAUUCAUAAAUGAAUGUUACUUAAGGCUAUGUCAUAAUUUAAUAUAAUUGUUUAGAGUAAUAUUGCCUCAGCUGCUUAAAAUCUUCAGAUAUAAAGCCACAUACUCAACUUGAUUGAGCUUGACUCUGUGGUGGUGUUUGUGCUGCCAAGCCAGCUGUGGUAAUGGAGGAAGAAAGAGCCAUCUCAUUUUAAAAUGUUGCAAAUAGUGUGUAGUUUGUUUAGCAGUUUUAAGGACAGAAUCCAGUUGAUGUCUUAAAGACACAUACUGGAAUCAACUCAUUUGAAAUUUGCCAUAAAGAAGAGUUCUAUGGAUAUCAUGUUCUGCUACAAAGUCAAAAAAAAAAAUAGGCCUAAGAGCAAGCCAAACUUAAACCAUACCCAGAAGCCAAUUGAUACUAUCUUUGGCCAUAUCUUGAGAUGAGAUAACUCACUAGAAAAGAGACUUGGUAAAGUCAAAUGGCUUAGGAAAAGAGAAAGUUCAAGUUUCAGAUGAAUAGAUUCAACCAGGGAAGCAAAUACACCUGAAAGCUGUUGAGGGUCUCUCAUUCAUAGGGUCACUGUACGUCAAAGUUGACUUGAAGGUAGUUAACAAAAAAAUGGGAAACUGUUGGACAUUUUUGUCCAAUGCAGUGUCUACAUUCCAUUUAAAGGCACUGAAGCAGAACUGUGCAUUGUGCUGUUAUGCCGGUGAAAGUGCAUUCCAUAUCAAUACAUAUAAAUAAAUAAUAAUAAACUUUAUUUUUAUAUCCCACCCCAUCUCCCCAAAGGGACUCAGGGCAGCUCACAACAGGGACAAGCCCAAAACAACGACACAACAUAUUUGACAAAAACUUAAAACAUUUCAACGAUGCACAAAAUAAAAUAAUGGACAAUACAUUAAAAUCCAAGCAGAUAAAAUCGGAGUAAUUAAAAGCAAACCAGCAGGGACAGGUUUCAUAAAGUGCUGUAUCAUGGAAAUGAGCAACAGUGAUAAAGUGCCAUAGGCUUUUAAAACAUAAAGAAGUAUUCUGAUGACAGCUCUAUGGGGCCUAUUCAUUCAAACGUGCUCUGGAACAACCAUGUUUUCAGUUCCCAGCAGAAAAUGGGCAGGGAAGGAGCUAAUCUGAUCUCCUUAGGGAGAGAGUUCCAGAGCCGGGGGGCCACUGCCGAGAAGGCCCUCUCCCUCGUCCCCACCAGCCGCAUUUGAGACAAAGACGGGAGCGAGAGGAGCGCCUCCCCGGAUGAUCUUAGGGUUUGCGUUGGUUCUUAGGAGAGGAGGCGAUCACGGAGAUAUCCAACUGUGUCUAUUGAAAACAGGUGGUAGCACUCUUUUGGUUGCAUGUCUGGUUUUGUGUGCCAUUGUCCAUUAGGUUUUGAAACCUUGCAAUUCAGUAUAAGGGUUGUAUAGCACAAUGUAUGUGUAACCCUAGAAUAGGAUCUCAAGCAGGGUGUUGACUUCCUACAUGCUUGUUUCUAAGUGAACCUGUGGCUCCUCUUCCCUUCCAGCCCUUUGUGGUGAUGAGAGAUGUGGGGAUCAUUUGUAGACCCUGACUAGCCAUUUUUUUUGCAGGGGAUUGGUGGCAUUGCAAUUCACCAUCUGGAAGAAAGUUACUCACUGGAUUCCUUCCUCAGUGUAGACAUGGCUAGAGCAGUCCCACAUUUCAAGUUCUGCCUUCAUCUGGUCUAGCUUAUCCCUAAGAAGUUGACAUUCUGCUCAUAAAAGAGAAAAAGACUGGAUACCUUCCCACUUUCCAAAGGGGAAAAAGAAAGAAAUAUCAGUCUUCACAUAGAGUUGGAUUUUUUUUACUCCCCCCCCCCCCACUCCCUGACAAAGCUAUUUUGUGUGUGUGUGUGUGUGUCUGUGGAAGAGACUUGAGCUUGACUUUUCAGUGUUUGCAGACCAAGCAGCAGCUGUGUUGACCUCAGUGAUCCUUCCUUCUAGUUCACACAUGAGAGAUUGUAGAACUGUUGGGAAGAAUGAUUGAAAAACUCACAGAAUAGAAGACUCGACCUAUGUCCAUUUACCUGAGACUAAGCCAUGCUGAAAUCAGUGAGUUUUCCUUCUGAGAAUAGACUUGCAUCUUUGUAUGGAAUUGGGCCUUUUGUCCAAGACAGGAUUUACUUCUCUGUGGACACAUUCCUGGGAUUAUGUUGUUAAUGGUAUCAGGUUCUGUUUCCUGGACAUUAAUUUUGACACCAAAGUAGCAAAGGAGAAGGUGAUAUGCCUUGUCACAUUUGCAGAUCUGCCUCAGUAGAUUUGAAGUGGAAGCAUAGGGUCCGAGCAUUUAACAUUAUCUUUCUCACAUAAUCCAGUGGAUAUCUCUUGGCAAAGAUGCCUUUCAUCAGAAAUGUUUCAGUGCCUGCUUUUAUCAGGUUCUGUUUCCUGCACAUUCAUUUUAGCACCAAAGUAGCAACGGGGCAAGGUCCCAUCUCACCACUUACAAGAAUCCAUCUCAGUAGAUAACUGGUAAAAAUUAGGUUCUCAACAUACAGCAAGACCUUUCCUACAAACCACAGUGAAGAACAGAUGAUAGACUGCCUUUAAAUCAGAUUUUACCCCACCUCCCUAUUCAAGAAAUACUGCAGAUCCAUUUUUAAUUUAUUUUUGAAAUAAUCCUGCUGGCAAUAUAUAGAACACUCCAAGGCAUCAUAGUUGUAGAUCCUUUCCUUCUCCUUCAGCAAUACAUUUGACAUUCCAGGAUGAUAAUAAUAAUUAAUAAUAAUGAUACCGUUCUUGGUUCUGCUCUUGUAGUAGCACCUGCUAGCUCAUAAAACUGUUCCUUCAUGAUCCUCUACAUGCCUUAAUAUAUGUUUUAUGGAAAUUAUACAGUGAUAUAUGUGUGUGUGUAUAUAUAAAUAUAUGUUUUUUCUCUUUUCAUCAUACUGUUUUGUUUUGUGCUAACUUUCUCUCUCACUACGCAAGGCCAUUGAAGUCAGGCGUGUCACUGAGUGACUGAAGUGGGAGACACUAUGGGCAGUUUAUCAGAAUAAUAAUAAAAAAUAAAUAAAAGAAGACAUAUUUAAAGAAAUAUAUAUAUUUUUUCUGGUUUUAUCAAAGCAAAUUUAUUUAAAAUGAAUAAAAACUGUCAGUUUAAGAGGAAUGGUGCAUUUAUUUCCUUGUUGUUUGGUACAGUAGUAGUGCUUUGUAUUUCAGGGAUUAAGCUUCUGCCGAAGGCAUUUGACACUGAAACUAGCAAAGCUAAGUUAAUUUACAUCUGUAGAGAGUCUAGCCUGGAAGGUAUAUAUAUGAUAGGAAGAUGUGUGGGACCACAGCAUAUCAGGGACCGCAAAGAUUGUCUUGCUGGUACACAACUAUCCCUUUGGGAUCCUUGCAAUAUAUUUGGCUUUUUCCUGUUAGUGCCAGUUUUCUUUUUAUUCCUUUUUUACCUCCCUUUUGUUCACAUGAAUGUUUUUUGGUGUAGCUUUCAGAGAGAGGUCACUGCAAAGCAGUUACUUUAUUUGCCUCUCUCCAACAUCCUCACACUCCUAGUGGCUCUCCUUAUUUCUACACACUAUGUUUUGUUAGGGAACAAUACAACCUUCCAAUGAUACUUGUGCUUUCUGCCCACUAUGAAGGCAUUCUGGCCAUUUUCUAAAUGGUGGUGGCUGAAUUAGAUAGGGGACAUAAGAGCUAAAGGGAGUCAUGUGUAAGCUUCCUGAAGAAUUGUUCACCUUGGAGUGGCCCUCCCAGAAGUUAAAGAGAGCCUCUGUAUUCUACCUCCUCUGAGGAUUUGAUGUGUAAUGGUCCUAAAUGUUUAAGAGAGAUGAAGGACAGACAACCUUGAGGGGAAACAGUGUCUUGAGAGAACCCUUCUACAGUGCUUGAAGCUACCCGGCUGUCAUGAGGUUUUGCAUUUUGUCUGCCAAGACAGUGCUAGUUCCCCUACCCCUAUGGCAUGCCCCAGCAAUAUGAGCACUUCUAUUCGUAACUAAGGAAGGAUUUUGGUGUUUUUAAAAGGGCAUUAAGAACAUAAGGAAUGUUCUCCAUUUCCUCUCACUAGUCGUCUCAAUUAGUUGCUAGGUAGAAUUUGUCACCAACUGGUUGCUAAUGUCACUUUAAGCAUUUGGAGGUUACAAGCUGUGAGUUCUCAGCAGAGUGCAUUUAAGACCGCCAUUUUACAGUAUUGUGGAAGAUGUUUAUAAUCUGUUUUAAGUAUUGUUGUUUUCCCUUCUAAUUACGCGUUCCUAUGCCAGCAGCACCUGUAACCAAGAAAAAAGGCAUUAUUUAUGCACAUUAUUUGCAGCAACAUUUUGCUAGUAUUAGACAGAUUUUAAGGAAAUUAUCAAAGCAGCAAUGUGAUGUUGAUGUCUUUUGUUUGUAUAAAAGUGACCUUAGAUUAUGACAACUCAAAAGAAAAUUAGCAGUCUGUGAUUAAAAAUAAUAUGUCAGUGGCUUGGAGUUCUUCACACCAAACCAAGGGAUAAUCUUUCCAGUAAUUAAACCUGCGGUGGCUUGCUUACUACUCCUUCCCAGCAGCGUAUGUUCUAGAUGUAGCUACUUCAAAAGGUCAAAAUCUCACACGAGGAAAACAAAAAUAAAAAUGCAUUUGUACCUUGCAAGUUUGUAUAAAGCAAAUAAAUAAAAAAGUGAUGGUUUGUAAACAAA